AUGUUGGGAGCAGGUUGGACCAGCUGGUGAGUUUUGGAUGGGGAUGUGGUUCAACAUCCAUGAGUCGUGGCGCCUAUGUCUUCCGCAUGAUUCUGGAGUACAAAGAGGCCAAGUACGUCGACAAGCAGUACGCCAACGGUGAGGAAUGGUUCAAGGAUCGAAAGCCAGCCAUUUUGGCCCUGAACCCUUUGGCAAACCUGCCAUACCUCGUGGAUGGCGACACGUGCGUUUGCCAGACGAAUGCCAUCAUGAGCUAUUUGGGCGACAAGUUUGACAUGAACGGCACCACCGAAGCGCAAAAGAUUCGAACACAGGAGUUGUUGUGUGAGAUCUAUGACGUGCGAAACAGCAUGAUCGAUUUGGUCUACCCUUUCAAGCGCCUUGUUCAAGACUGGCCAGAAUGUGACGCGAACCAAAGAGGAGUUCGACACCAACGCCAAAGCAAAAGCCUGGGGACCCGGGAAGCGGACCUAGAUCUUCGUGCAGACAACCUCAGUGGUGGCAAGUGGUUUGUCCUACAAGAUGGCCCUGGUGUGGCUGACUUCCACAUUUGGGAGAUGUUAGACCAACACAAGAUGCUGUCCGAGCGUAUAGGCGGACCAGACAUCUUCGCCGAGUUCCCCAAGUGCAAGGCCUUCUAUGAUGCCUUCAAGGCCUUGCCAACGCUGAAGAACUACUUUGCCAGCGAGGAACAACAAGAUUGCGAAUACCUACUUUGCUUGAGCUGUCGCUAUAUGCUGUCGCAAUUUGCUAUCGUUGCAUCGCCGACGCCACGAGGGCCGGCGACCUAUUCUU